UCCUCACACCAUGAACGAAAACACGGUGCUAGUCUGUAAACACAAAUUGAAUGGUUUCAAAUGUUGACUGUGUAAUCCGUCAUAUUUUCAAAAUGGAUAUUGACAAUGACAGUGAACUGGAAAGGCGCGCAGUUGAGGAACUUCUCAAAGAGGCCAAUAGGGCUAGGGUGCGUGCAGAAACCAUGGGUCCAACAGGAUGGAUGAAGUGUCCUCUAGGAAGCACAAAUAAGCGUUUCCUGCUGAACACUCUCCGAUCGUCUGCUCUUGAUCGUCGAUCUGAGACCCAGGCGGCUACAAGACAAAAAGGAGAGGAACGGCAGUGUGACGGUGCUCGAGAGACACGUCAGAGACAGGACAAAGACCACAGCCAUAGAAAAGACAGUGAACACAGAAGAGAACACACUAAUUUUCAGUGUUCAAGACACCACACCUCUUCCAGUAAUACUUUGGCAUACAGAGAACAUUCUCUUAAUCGCUCCAGCCAAUCAAAAAGGACACGCUCCCGCUCACCUGUCAGAGACCAGUCGGCUGAUAAAAAAUCCAGUGACAGGCUUCAGAAAUAAUGUACUACUUUAUAAUUUAUUUAUUUUUUUUUAUUAAGCAGUAAAAGGUACACAGGAGUACAUGUUGUCAUCAAUCUAGAUUGGUGCUCUUUCUGCUUAGAUCUGUUAUCUGAUACAAGAUUUUUAUCUUUGUUUUCUCAGUAACAAGAACUAUGUAAUGGCUUUUUUGCUUUGUUUUGGAUUUUUUGUUUGUUUGAUGUGUUAUGUGUGAUUUGUUAAGCUUUAUCAGUCAUUCAAUGAAAAAUACAUAAAGUGUUUAAGUGAUGCAUUGAAAACUAGCUGUUACUCUGAAUGUUAUCCUGCUGCAGUUGUGAGCAGACUGAAGGAUACACACUUUAGGUAGGGGCAGCAGUCUGUCAUCCUUUUGUGGAGUGACUGAAGUGUCCUUGGUGAAAGUGUACACUGUAGAAUUUCACUGCAGCUAUGAAUUUAAGACAGCUGGAUCAAGUAGUGCACAUGUAUUUGUUUUUUGCAUUUUUCUGUGAUGCACUGUUGUACGUACUAUUGUACAUGUUUGCUGAAUAUAGUCUAAAUAAAUAAAUAUUUCAAUA